GAUAUGCAACUUUUAGCGCUACCUGAUGCUGACCGCUAUUAGCCGGAGAUAGCUGGCUAAAACCGCUAAUUAAGCUUCCAUUUAGCGACCGAUAUUGCUGCAGAGUGGGCCUAAAGCCCAUAUCGUGCAUCGGCCUUUAGCCCAAAAGAGCAGAGGACUGCCGGCUGCUAACCCUAUCCAUAUCCCUUUGACCUCCGAUUCCUCGAGGCACAAACGCGGCGGCUGGUGCGAGCGUGCGAUGGCUGUGGCUGGUCCGAGUGCAACCGGCAGGCGGCAGCAUCUGGUGCGAGUGACAACCGGCGGCGGUGGCAGAGGCAGCUGUUGGAUUGCCCUUCCCAAGCCAUGGCGGCAGCGGCCACAAUCAGCAGAUGCAGCGGCUGCUUUGACCGAGGACUGAGCAUGCAACGAGGCAAGGAAGACCACCAAGCUCUCCAUCUCAGACAACAGCCAUGGCAACGAUUGGUCUUGGAGCCUAGAGGGUAGGAGUUCCGUCUGCCGGCUCCUAGGCAUCCCGCCAGACCAGCAGCGCCUCGUCUUCGCAGGGAAGCAGCUGGAGGAUGGCCGCACCCUGGCCGACUACAGUAUCUAGAAGGAGUCCACGCUUCACCUGGUGCUUCGCCUCCGCGGCGGCAGCAAGAGCUUCUUAUUCCGAAUGCCGUCCCACCUCCUCGUCCUCGCGUGCAACUUCAAGGAGAACAAGCUCAUCUGCCUAGAGUACGCUUCCCCCCUCCCCUAACUCGAUUCUGCAUAUGAAUGAUUGGAUAGUUUUGUUUCUUUCUGUUGAAUUAUGACAAUGCAUACUUGUGGAAUAUUCUAGAAUAUUUUGGAAAGCAUAAAAGAGAAGAUAUUUCCCAUGGAGGAAUCUGAAAUUAUUUCUUCAUGGCAAAGUAAAGAAGAGUCUAGAACCUAGAUAUUUAUGUAUGGUAAGAAAUAUCUAGAUAUUAGGAUAAGUAUGAGAAUGUUCUAGAGUUUGAUAUUUUGGUUAGAAUAGUGUGGAACGUUGCCAUGUGGCAACAUCUUAGAGGUCGUGUACUAGUAUAAAUAGGGGUGCCACCCCUCCCCCAAGUGUUAUGACUUGGAGUGCCAUUUUAAGUCAUAGGUAGCAUAGCAAGGUUGUCAUGGUGUGAGUGUGUAAGUGUGUUAUGGUGAGUCAUAGGAUAGCAACAUAAGAAUGUAAGUGUUAUCUUGUGUUGUAUCAUGUUGAGUUAUGAAUAAAGGUUUGAGUUCUUUGUAAGUGUUAGUCUCCCAGUUUUUAAGUACUUAGAGCUUCAUCUGCUGGUAGGCUCUGCCACCCGGAAGCGAGAAGGCGGCUCUACCGUCGAACGAAAAUAAAUUGAAAAGGCUAACCAACUCUAGAGUGAGUUGGUGUGUAUUAGGUGUAGGUUCCCUGCAUUGUGGGUAUUAGGGCCACAUCGGUUCCCAACACUUUCCAUCAACAAACUCAACUCUACAUAUGAAUGAUUGGAUAAUUUUGUUCCUUUCCAUCCACAAUGCAUGUGUGCUGUUUCUUCUUGUGCUUCUAUGUUAGUGUAAUCAACGUGUUUGUGUAGUUUUCAUUAAGUUAAGCCACUCUUUUUUACUUCAAUGGUCAAUAUAUGCAUUGUGAAAGUGAAAUUCAGGAGCAGAGGUUGGUGUGUGCCAUACCCAGUUCAUAUCCACCUUGCAUAUGUGAUUUGAUAGAUAUAUGUUUUUAAAUUUAUUGUUGUCUGCAAAUUUAAUUGGUUUGAUCAAUAACUUCUUCAGUAACUCUUUGCCGUUUUCUCAAUUCUUACUGCUAUGAGUUACACUAAUAUGUACCCACAUUGCCUUUCCCUUUUCCCAUACAUUUGUUAGCUACUCCCUCCAUCCCAAAAUAAUUGCACAUCUAGAGUUUGAAUUUUUUCCCAUAAAAAAGUGCUACUUUGACCCAACUACUAUAAAAGACAAGAGUUUUCGGAGUCUUCUUACAAAAGAGACAAAGAAUGUCUGGAACCUUCACAUAAAAGACAAGGGGUAUUUUUGUAAUUUCACACUAUACAUUGGUUUACGUGUUUGGUUUUAGAAUUACAUUUAUUUUGGGACAGGGGGAGUAUGUUGGUUCGUAUUGUCAGCCACAGUUAUUUGUGAAGAGUAAUGCUGAUGGAUUCAGCUGUCUGCUUCAACAAAGGCACUUCUGCCGUGAGCAUCAUCUUGAGAUUGAUGAUAACCUAUUCUUCAAAGAUUUCAGUGGGCCAGGACCUAGUGAUGUCAAUGUCUUAGUUCAGUGCUUGAGUGAUCAAACUGAUUAAGUCAAAAAAGAUAUGGAUGUUUGUCUUCUAAAGAAUGAAUUCAAUAGAGAUUUCAGGCCUCUUCUUGCUGCAAAUUAUCUCCUGUUACCUCGUGGUAUCAAAGAUGUGACCACUGCAUUUGCUCAUGGUCAGAUUCAUGGGGUGAACAAGAAAGAACCUCUGUACCUUACAGCUCUUGAUGUGGUGAUAAGAGUGAAAGGUUUGCUGGAUGAGGAAAAAUUACACCUGAGGGAACAUCUUAUUGCAUGUCGAGUGCACAUCUCUGAUGAUUGGGUUGAUACAUAUGGUACAGUUGAGAUACUGAAGUACAACUUUGGGCCCAGAGGUACUGUCAGAGGUGAAACUGAUGCGAGCUUUAAGGAGGUUGUCAAGGCCGAUGGCAGCAGAAUUGGACAGGCAGAUAUAUCAAUGAUCAUCUGGAGUGGCAACCAGUUAGUCUGGGCAGAGGCGUUCAAGGGAAUACAUUGCAGCAACAACAGCUGUGCAGAAUGUUUAGCAACCCUAGCACUAUUGCUAAAAUGUUUAGACUUAAAGCUAUUCGAGGUGCAACUAUGGUCAAAUGACCAUAAAGUAAUUCAUCUCAUCACAGGUGAAGAGCCAGUUGAUCCAGCUGAUGUCAACAGCCUAUUAUAUCUGCUUCUCAAGACAAUACGCAUAAGGUUUAUACGUCUUGAUGCGGUUUGGAAAUGGCAGGAACUAAUGUUCCUAGCAGAUCAAGUUGUCAAGGGUGGUUUCACCAUUGAGAAAGCUCUGGAGAAAUUGUCUCCUCAUCUGAUGGGCCUCCCACUUUUUAGAGUUUGCCAUAUGUAAGGAUCACCGGGGUGUCCGACCCUAGAGGGGGAGGGGGUGAAUAGGAUCGCUAAUCGCUUUUUAACCCAGGGCUCAAUCUACUUGCAUAAGAUAAACCUAACACGUCCUAUGCAUGCU